UCUCCAUAGGAGUAUAAGCGUAAGCAGAUUGAGGAACAACGUCAAGCCGAGAGACUCCAGAGACAGUUACAACAGGAGAGAGCCUACCUGGUGUCUCUACAACAGCAGCAACAGCAACAACAACAAAACCAAGAUGGCCGACCAGGCGAGAAGAAACCGCUGUAUCACUAUAAAGACUCAGCUAGUCCUACUGACAAACCUGCAUGGGCUAAAGAGGUCCUGAAGCAGCAGAAACACCCCCAGAGCCACUCACCCCGCCCAUUCCUCAGACAAAGCCACUCCUUCAACCAACCUUCAUCCCCCAUUCCCUCCCACGCCAACCUCCCUCGCCGAGCCCCCUCCGACCCCACCCUCCCCCCUCACAUCCGUAUCACCCUGGAGACCAGGGAUCUAGUAGAUCCUGUUCUGAAACAGGAGAUCAGCCAGCAGGUUAGAGAGAUGAGAGCUCAGAAAGCCGGUCAGAGGGUGGUCAGACAGAAAGAAAGAGGAUGCAAUACCAGAGCCAACCACCAGGGGGUAGUACAACACAACAACCGGGGGCCAAAAGGGCCUAGCGAAGCCGGUCAGAAGGCUGGUCAGCAAGACCGAGUACGCAGUCCCAGACCUAAACACCCAGGGCCACAACACAACCCCAACCAGGGGCCACAGCAUAAUGGGAAGUUUCAACAGGCUGGCUUUAACCGAGGCCCCAGCCCCAACCCCAACCCCAACCAAUCUCGAAAAGAGAACCCCAUCUCUAAUCCCCAAGCCCCUAACCAAGAGGCCCUCAAUGGGCCAGCCUGGGCACCCAGCUCCAGCCCCAACCAGGGACAUAACCUGGGGGUGAAAGACCAGGGGCAGAUAUGGGUCAGUGGCCGUAGUGGCAGCUCCAUCUCCCCCUGUUGUAGAAUAGACAUAGAAGUAAAUGACAUAGAUGUAGAAAUAGACUCCUCUUCCUCCUCUCAUUCUAAUUCUUCUUUCCUCUACCCUUCUCCUGAUCAUGAUCUUAGAGGCAGCUUUCUGUUUCCCUGUCGCAUAGAAGAUGUAGAAAUAGAUGAACUAGAUAUAGAAAUGGAGGAACUAGAAAAGAGGGAGUUGGAUUGUUGGAGGUAUAGAGAGGAGCGGGGGGAAUGGAGGGAAAGGGGUAGAGAGGGAGGUGUGGGGGGGUUGAGGAUGGCUUCCAGCCAUGAGAGUCUGUUGGGAUCCUAUGGGCGUCAUACGAACUCUGACCUCUACCCCCGACCCCUAACCCCUGACCUCUCAGCCUCUGCACCGGCAGGCCGGCUACGCCCUUUCCUGUCCUCCAAUCACAAUCACUUCCUGGCUCCUAAAUCCUCCAAGCAGAGUCCGUUCCUCCAAGUCCCCUGUUGGGCACCUCCCCCUCUGAACAGAGUGUGGUCAGAGGUCAGUGAUGAUGAUGAGGUCACGACCUCUAACCUGGACCUGACUUCCUCUGCUCCAGCUAACAUGCUCAGAUCACACCUGGCCCAGGCCAUGCCCAUUAGAUCCAAGCAGUCAUCCCUGUCUCGGUCCUCCCUCUCUUUCUCCCCCCUUCGUUCUCCUGGUAAGAGCUCAGGUCCUCUGAAACAGUUAGUUUUAGCCUUAAAUUGGAUGGGCCCCUCGCCCCGAGGGUCACCUAAAACCUCACCCCAGACCUCAGCAGGAAUCUCCCCCUCACACUCCCGACCUAAGUCCCCAUGUCAUCUCUCCCUCAAUUCCCCUCCCGCUCCAUUCUACCACUCCCAGUAUCUCACACCCUGCUCCUCCCCAUACCUCACCCCUAGGUGUUCUCCUCAACCCUCUCCUGGUGGCUCCCCAUUCGGCUCCCAGUCUCAGCUCACUAUUAGACCACUAGCUGCUAGCCACUAGC